UUCUUUCGCAUUGUGGCCCCACUCUCCAUGUGCUCUUUCUGCAACCCACCCUUUUCGUUACUCAUUAGUCAUUACCCUCCUUCCUGCCCCAAAAACCACCCUUCUCUUCUUCCCACAAAACCACUCAUUCUUCUCACCGUCAACUGGUGAGUCCUUUUUGUUCAUCACAGAUAUUCCUUAGUCCUUAAAAUGUUAGAAAUGAAGCUCUUACCCAUUUUUCAAAAAUGAAGAAAUAUGAGCUUUAUUAAAUCCCUGUAGCUAAUGCAACCAUUCUCUUCUUCAUCAUCAUUCUUCUCCAAGUGUUAGAAAUGAAGGAAUCCUACCAGAUUUUAGCCAUUUUUGUGGCUGGGUUUUGCUCUCUUCUUCUCUGUGCAGAGUCUCAAGAGGAUGCUUCGGUGAUGUUGGCUCUGAAAGACAGCUUGAGCAACUCUGAGUCUCUCGGAUGGUCCGGCCCAGAUCCUUGCGAAUGGAAACACGUUGACUGCUCAGAAGACAAACGGGUGACCCGGAUCCAAGUUGGGCGACAAGGCCUUCAAGGUACACUCCCUUCUAGUCUUGGUAAUCUCACAGAGUUGGAGCGUUUAGAGCUCCAAUGGAACAACAUCUCGGGUCCUCUCCCGAGCUUAAAGGGUCUGAGUUCAUUGCAAGUGUUGAUGCUGAGCAACAACCAGUUUACUUACAUUCCCGGUGAUUUCUUUUCUGGGUUGUCAUCUCUUCAAUCAGUAGAAAUUGAUAACAAUCCCUUUUCCGCCUGGGAAAUACCCCAAAGCCUGAAGAAUGCUUCCGCGCUUCAAAAUUUCUCCGCCAAUUCUGCCAAUAUUACUGGAAAUAUACCCGAUUUUUUAGGUCCUGUUGCAUUUCCCGGGCUGGUAAAUUUGCAUUUGGCUUUUAAUGCUCUCGUUGGUGGCUUGCCCUCUGCCCUUUCUGGAUCCCUAAUUGAGUCUCUAUGGGUUAAUGGUCAGAUGAGUGAGGAGAAACUUAGUGGGACCAUUGAUGUUAUACAGAACAUGACUUCUUUGAAGGAGGUUUGGCUGCAUUCCAAUGCCUUUUCUGGUCCAUUGCCUGAUUUUUCGGGUUUGAAAGACUUGCAGAGCUUGAGUUUGAGGGAUAAUCUUUUCACUGGUGUUGUCCCAGUGUCAUUAGUGAAUCUUGGAUCCUUAGAGGCUGUAAAUUUAACAAACAAUUUUCUGCAAGGACCAGUGCCUGAGUUCAAAAACUCGGUUGCAGUCGAUAUGACUCCAGAUGGCAAUAGCUUUUGUUUGCCAAAGCCAGGUGAGUGUGAUCCCAGAGUCAACAUAUUGCUGUCCAUUGUGAAAUCAUUUGGGUAUCCAACAAAGUUUGCCAAGAAUUGGAAAGGGAAUGAUCCUUGUACAGAAUGGUUUGGGAUUGCAUGUAACAAUGGGAACAUUACGGUUGUUAAUUUUCAGAAAAUGGGUCUUACUGGCACAAUUUCUUCCAACUUCUCUUCAUUAAUAUCACUUCAAAAACUAGUUCUUGCCGACAACAAUAUCACAGGUUCCAUUCCUGAGGAGCUUACUUCUCUGCCUGCACUCACCCAACUUGACGUCUCAAACAACCAGCUUUAUGGGAAAAUCCCAAGUUUUAAGGGUAAUGUGCUUGUGAACUCUAAUGGUAACCCAGAUAUAGGAAAGGAGAAGGGUGGUUCUACUUCUCAAGGUGCCUCUUCUCAAGGCUCACCUGGUCCUUCCACAAAUACAGGUUCCCAAGACAGUGGCAGUUCCAUGAAUGGUGGCAAGAAAUCCUCAAGUUUAAUUGGAAUUAUUGUAUUUUCUGUAAUUGGGGGUGUAUUUGUGAUUUUCUUGAUAGGUUUGUUGGUUUUCUGUCUCUACAAAAGAAAACAAAAACGAUUUACCAGAGUACAGAGCCCGAAUGCAAUGGUUAUUCAUCCUCGCCAUUCUGGCUCUGAUAAUGACAGUGUGAAGAUCACAGUUGCAGGCUCGAGUGUUAGUGUUGGUGCCAUAAGUGAAACCCAUACUCAUCCUAGUAGCGAGCCCAAUGACAUUCAAAUGGUUGAAGCAGGAAAUAUGGUUAUUUCGAUUCAAGUUUUAAGGAAUGUGACUAACAACUUCAGUGAAGAAAAUAUAUUGGGACAAGGUGGAUUCGGGACUGUCUACAGAGGUGAAUUGCAUGAUGGUACAAAAAUUGCAGUAAAGAGAAUGGAGUCUGGGGUGAUAACAGGAAAGGGACUAGCAGAGUUCAAGUCAGAAAUUGCUGUUUUGACUAAGGUUCGGCACAGGCAUCUAGUCGCUCUUCUUGGGUAUUGCUUGGAUGGCAAUGAAAAGCUUCUUGUGUACGAAUAUAUGCCUCAAGGGACACUCAGUAGGCAUCUGUUCAGCUGGCCUGAAGAAGGGCUAAAACCACUUGAAUGGACUAGAAGGUUGGCUAUUGCAUUGGAUGUAGCAAGGGGUGUUGAGUACCUCCAUGGUUUAGCCCAUCAGAGCUUUAUACACAGGGACCUAAAGCCUUCAAACAUUCUUCUUGGGGAUGAUAUGAGAGCCAAGGUUGCCGAUUUUGGUCUUGUGCGACUUGCUCCAGAGGGGAAAGGCUCAAUUGAAACAAGAAUUGCUGGAACUUUUGGAUACUUGGCACCAGAAUAUGCAGUGACUGGUCGAGUGACUACUAAAGUGGACGUCUUCAGUUUUGGGGUGAUUUUGAUGGAGCUAAUCACUGGGAGAAAAGCACUAGAUGAGAGCCAGCCCGAGGAGAGCAUGCACCUCGUGACAUGGUUCAAAAGAAUGCACAUCAACAAGGACACUUUCAGAAAAGCCAUUGACCCAACAAUUGGUGUUGAUGAGGAAACACUCGCCAGUAUCAGCACGGUUGCUGAACUUGCAGGUCACUGCUGUGCCAGGGAGCCAUACCAAAGGCCUGAUAUGGGUCAUGCUGUAAAUGUUCUAUCUUCUCUCGUAGAGCUCUGGAAACCUGUGGACCAAAACACAGAGGACAUAUAUGGCAUCGACCUUGACAUGUCCUUGCCACAAGCCCUCAAGAAGUGGCAGGCAUUUGAAGGAGGAAGCCACAUGGAUUCUUCUUCGUCUUCCUCAUUCCUCGCAAGCUUGGACAACACUCAGACCAGCAUACCCACUCGCCCAUAUGGAUUUGCUGAAUCGUUCACAUCAGCAGAUGGGAGGUAAUCAAGAAGAAAAUUGGGGUGAUGGUGGAGGUGUUUGUUCAUUCUUUUGCUGCUUUCAUCUUCUCAAUGUAAUCUUGGUUGAAUUUUAUUUUCUUUUUGAUACCUUUCUGUGUUUUUGAAUCUAAUUCCUGGUUCUGAUAUUUUCUUGGAAUUGUAAUUUGGAUAUUGUUGACUUGUUUAACUAUUUCUGGAAAUCAACGAGGAGGGAUUCUCAAGAAAAAUUGUUUUUGUAUCCCUCUUCUUUUCAUUG